AUGAACAAUAUGAGAGCUGAAAUAGAAACAUUCAAAAGAGAACUGAUGGAGUUAGAAGGCAGCACACAUACACUGUACACACGUCUUGCAAAGGCAACAAAAAAAAGAUCAAAUGGGGUGGCAACAAAUAAGAAAGGCAAGUGGGCUGUACAACAGGAAGAAAAGAAUAAAAACAAAGAAAAAACUCUGGACUGCACCCAAGAGCAAUACAAUAGGAAUAAAGUCAAGGACAGUAAUAAGGCCAAUGCAGGAGAGGGUGACAGGGAGAGCCAGGAGGGUCAAGAGCACACUAAUGGGACAGUUUAUGGAGGCGACAAAAACAGGGAGAAAAAGAUAAGGAUGAAAGGGCUGGGGCUGAUGACGACAAAAACGGGGGAGAUAGUGCACGCAGACAAUGAGAUGGGUAUGGAUGAUGCAGCUGUCAUCCCUGAGACUGCCAAAAAACCUGAGAGGGGGAACAUUAAGGCUGAUGGAGUAAUUGGUUUGCAGCAUCAAAACAGUACUUUCAAAGGAGUUGUGAAGGGAGGAGGCUCUUCUGAGGCAGCCAGCAGUGUUCCGGGGGGGAACAGGCAGCAAACUCAUGCUCAAAAACAGUUCAACAUGGUUGAGAAUGGAAAGAAGAGAUCAGUGGAUGAGAUUGAGAUAUUGAGCAACAACAAGCAUAGUGAUGGUGGAAUGAAGAUGAAAGAGCCAAAAAAAGGCAAAGAAAAACGAUGGCAAGGACAACAGUGGAUCAAGGAGUAG